CACAAAGAAUUUAGAAUUGUAAAAAAAACAUUAAUAACGGUAUAUUUCCUUCCAAAAUAGUCAUUACUUAUCUAGAUUUUGAUCAUAUCAAAGGUCAUUUUAGAAGCUCGAGUGUUAAAAUGUCUGGUAUCAAGCUGUAUUAUCACAUUAUUUCACCACCAAGUCGCUUUGCUUUAUUGACAUGCAAGAUGCUCGGAUUGGACAUUGAGGAAGUAGAGAUUGACUUACUAGCUGGAAAGCAAUAUACGCAAGAAUUUCGAGACAUAAAUCCAACACAAGCAGUUCCAGCACUAGUCGAUGGAGAUAUUAAAAUAUUCGAUUCCAGUGCCAUCUCAAUCUAUUUGGUCGAAAAGUAUGCAAAGGAUGAUUCAUUGUAUCCAAAAGAUCUAGAAAUGAGGACAAAAGUUAAUGAACGACUUUUCUAUGUCUCAAGCUACUUAUUUCCCCGUGGAUAUUCCAUAAUUGUAGGCAGCAUUAAAGGAACAAUGACUGAGAUUCCACAAGACAAAAUUAAUGAAGUGUUGAGAGGAUAUGAAUGCAUUGAAUACUUCCUGAAAGACAAUGAUUACCUUGCUGGACCUAAAUUCACAUUAUGUGAUUUGUUCUUAUGGUGCAUAAUGGAAUCAGCUAAUCAGAUACUUGCAAUUGACGAGAAUCGAUUCCCAAACUUCUCAAAAUGGUUAAAUAAGGUCCGUAAUGAGAAUGAAUUCUUUGAAUUGAAUAAGAAAGGUGCUGACUUUCAUAUUGACAUUUUCAACAAGUGCCUUGAAAGGAACCGCCAACAAGCCGAAAAGAAUGAAUGAGUUAAUUAAAUUAACAUCAAUUAGAAUGUCAUAUUGGGUCAGAAUUUAAUUGAAUAAAGAUGUCUGGAAAGUAAUUAA